AAAUGUUUGGCACGUAGAGAGUGCAGUGUGUUAUCGACCUCCUCCAAUCAGCACUAGGCUUUCCUUUCCUUUCCCAUUUGCCUGUUGGCUUAGCCUUUAAGCCCCGACUCAGUCUCAGCCUCAGCCUCAGCCUCAGUCCACCACACCAACCCUAAGCCCAAAAUUCCCUCUAUUCAAACACUUUUUCAAUUACUUUCACAGAGAGAGAGAGCGAAUCUUCAAUUCAAUUCCAAUUCCACCUAGUCUUGUGAAAUUGGUGCUGUUCCUGUGUGCCAGACAUCAUGGAUGCAGACUUGCAGUCCCUGCCCCCAGAUAAUGCUGAUGCAAAAGCAGCAUUUCGGAAGCCAUCUACAGAUGCAACAAACAGGAAGUAUCGGCGCCAUUCUCCAGUUAGUGGGUCAUCUUCACCUGAUGAAAUUCCUAAGCAGGACCAGGGCUCUAGCCCAAACGUGUCAAGGGAUGACCCUGUAAGAGUUUCUGAAUAUCGACCAAGAAGGAGGGAUGAUGAAAGGGAAUUCUAUAGGGAUUCUAGCAGAAGUCAUUAUGGUAGAAGUAAUGAUUCUUAUAGGCACUCUGAUCGACAGUCAUCCAGGGGCUCCCAUGGUUACUCUAGGCACGACGACUACGUACAUGACAAGCAUACGGAUGAAGAAGAUAGAAACUAUAAGAGGUUAUCCUCCCGUUCUGGUCGAGAGUCGAGGGGUGGUGCUCAUUCUGAGCUUACAGGAAAAGAAAGUGAGCACAGUAGGUCAAGAGAUUAUUUGAGACAUGUGGACAAAUAUUCCCGAGAUGAUUAUGAUGGGCGUAGAAGCAAGGAUAAAGAUAGAGAAGUCUCAUCACUAGAAUACCAGAAAUAUAAAGAUAAGGAUUCAUCAUCUGAUAGAGCUGGAUCAGGUAGGAGACAUGUGCCUUCUGAAGAGUUGGAGAGGGAUAGAUAUACGAGGGACAGAGGUGGUCGAGAUGAGAAGCGGGAUUAUCGUAGAGGUGACAGACUUUCCUAUGAAGAGACCCGUGGGCACCGAAAUGGCACAAGUUCAGGAGGAGACGGUGGUAAGCAUCGCCUGAAAGAUGCUUAUAAGAGUGACCCAAUGGAGCUGGAUGGUCAAAAACUUUCCAAAGAGGACAAGAAAAAAUAUAAUGACCGAGAAACUAACAGGGAUAAGGACGAGUACGUUAGAGAACCAGGGGAGCUUGUUGAUGAUAAAUUUGAUUCUGUGAGUGAUAAUCAUGAAUCUCCAGCAAAAAAAUCAAAACCGUAUGGUUUGGACAAGGACACUGACUAUAGGAAAGAUGUUAAACCAGUUUCAAAGUUCUCAUCUGUAGCUGAGGAUGCCAAAGUGACUCCAGGACAAGGCCAGGCCAAUGAUUCUGAUGCUGCUAGUGAUCUAAAUGCUGCAAAAGUUGCUGCAAUGAAAGCUGCUGAAUUAGUUAACAGGAAUCUUGCUGGAGUUGGAGUUGGAAGUUCCAUGACUGCGGACCAAAAGAAGAAGCUUUUGUGGGGGAGCAAAAAGACCACACCUGCAGAAGAGUCUGGUCACCGUUGGGAUACAGCAUUGUUUACUGAUCGUGAACGACAAGAAAAAUUCAACAAACUCAUGAGUCUGAGGAUGCCUUGGUGCCUAUGGCCACUUGUAGGGUGUGAAGGGCGAGGUGAAGGUGGAGCAGAAACCCGACGACCAAGAAGGAAGCGAAGUCCUCCGAGCCGAGAAGCAGAAAGAACUUCAGCUGGAUUUAGAGAAGCAAUAUACUGCUGGACUCAGACGAAGGGAUGGCCGUACUGUGGGAUUAGGUCUUUAAGCAUUUACUAUGGAUUCUUCUGCACUCAUCCAGUGCUUUGCAAUAUUUUGUUAUACUCUUGUGGAAGAGUAAUGCUUCUUGUGAUUUUAUACUUGUGGCAUGUUUGUGCGGAUAUGCUUUAUUGUUGGGAUAUUUCAGAUAUCAGCAAAAGAUUAGUGUCAUAUGACACUUUUACAACCUUGAUGCAUGUGAGAUUCAUUCUCGGCCUCAUUCUCAGCCCUGAAGGCUGUUUAAACCUUCAAGCUCGAAAGUUUGGUUUGGGAGCUCUAUAAGUAUUAGGUAAAUUCUAUAAUUCUCUUUAGGUAAA